UAGAAUUUUGCUCAAAAUAUUCAACACAGAAACUUUCAGUAGCUUUCCUACAUAAGAACUCCUCCAGUCCUCCUUACAUAUAGAAUUAAUAUACCUUUUGUUUGUGAAUUAAGUUACUAUCAAUAUUCAUUCAAUCACAUUACAUUAUCUCAAAAAGCUUACUAUAUAAACAUCCCACCUUUCUCAAUUCUCACCAUCCCAAAUGGCCUCAUUGGCAUUGAAAAGCACCUUAAUUCUUCUCUUCUUCAUUUCCAUACCUUACUUAAUCACAUCCCAACAACCUUAUGGUGAAAAGAAUUGUUUUCCGGUAAACAACGCCACUUCGGCUCUUGGGUUCAGCUGUAAUGGUGUAAACCGAACCUGCCAAUCCUUUCUCAUUUACAGGACUCAACCUCCUUACAACACUAUCUCUGCCAUUGCUUCCCUUCUAUCCGCUAAUGCAUCUCAAAUGUCUGCCUUUAACAGCAACAUCUCGGAAACCAUGGCGUUGGCUACUAACACCGAGGUCAUUGUUCCUGUUACCUGCUCGUGUUCAGGCAAGUUUUAUCAAUAUAACACCACUCAUAUUGUUAAACGUUAUGACAAUUACAACGAUCUGUCUAACAAUACAUAUGAAGGUUUGACUACAUGUAAUGCUAUCCGAACUCAGAAAAUUAGUCCGAAUGUUGUAAAUAUCUUCCCUGGUGAAACCCUUACUAUACCUUUAAGGUGUGCUUGUCCUACUAGGACCCAAUUUAAUCUAGGGAUUAAAUACCUUAUGAGCUUUGUAGUUCAAGAUGAUGAUACUUUUUCUAAUAUUGCUGUUAAAUUUUAUAAAUUUGGAGCUGAUGUUGGCCAAACUAUGGAGGCUAAUGAAAAGUCUGAGCAGGAUUAUGUUAUUUAUCCUUUUACAACUGUUCUUGUUACUUUAAAGAGCCUACCAAAUGGUUCUGUAAUGGAAUAUCCUCCUUAUGUAGCACCCUCGCCAUCAUCUCCACCGUCUCUUCCUCCUAGUGACGAACCUGAACCACCGUCUUCUGAUGGGGGUUCGAGCAAGAGAUGGGUUUAUUUCGGGGUAGGGGUGGUUGCUGGGGGAGUAUUUGUUACGGUUGCGGGGGUUAUUCUCUUCUUUUUGUUCCUAAAAAGGAGUUUAAGGAAGAAGAGUGAUCCAAUUUUUUCAUCAAAAAGCUUUGAAGCACAAGAAAAAGCACUUCCAUUAGAGAGUAAGACUGAAACUAUGACUGAGACGGAAUCCAUGGAGUUUCUGGAUAACAUAUCAAAGAUCACUUCUUUGAAAGUAUACAGUUUCAAGGAUUUGCAGACUGCAACAGAGGAUUUUAGUUCUGUUAAUUGGAUUAAAGGAUCAGUAUAUAAAGGAAAUCUUAAUGGUGAUGAAGUCGCGAUUAAAAAGAUGGAUGGGGAUGUUAGUAAAGAGAUUAGUGUACUAAACAAGAUUAAUCAUUUUAAUAUCAUAAGCUUAUUGGGUGUUUGUUUUGAAAACGGGGUUUGGUACUUUGUUUACGAGUAUGCAGGAAAUGGACCAUUGAGCGAGUGGAUCCAUCAGGAAAACCCGAAUAACCAAACAUUGAGCUGGGGGAAGAGAAUGCAAGUGGCUUGCGAUGUUGCCACCGGGCUGAACUACCUUCACAGCUAUACAAGCCCACCACACGUUCACAAGGAUGUCAACAGCAGCAAUGUUCUUUUGAAUAUGGAGUUUAGAGCGAAAAUUACAGAAUUCGGUCUUUCAAGGCCAGUUAGAGGGAAUGAUGGUCAGUUUACCUUAACAGCACAUAUUGUUGGGACAAAGGGUUAUUUGGCUCCCGAGUAUUUGGAGAAUGGAAUAAUUAACCCGAUGCUGGAUGUUUAUGCAUUUGGUGUUCUGUUAUUAGAGAUGUUGACGGGGAAGAAUGUUGCUCAACUCUUUGAAGGUGUUAAAGUUCAUUUGUCAGAGAUCUUAGAACCCGUGCUGAGCGAGGAAGAUGGGAUUUCGAAUGUGAAAGAAUUUAUUGAUUCUUCGCUUGGUGAGGAGUAUCCGGCUGAUAUCGCGUAUAGUAUGUUUGUACUAGUUGAUCGUUGCUUGAGAAAAGAUCCAGGAAGUCGGCCAUCCAUGGAUGAAAUCAUGCAAAUUCUGUCAAAAACACUGACAACCUCGCUUAUGUGGGGAUCCAGUACUUCUGAUAGUAUCUCGAGUUCAUGUUAAUUGUAAGGACUUGCUUUGCGCGCAUAGGCAUAGCAGUCCUUUGUUGAAUGCUGCCCGUUUUAUGUUGUCCACAUCGUAACAGAUUGAACUUGUGUACAAAAAAAUAUAGAGUGAAUAUGAUACUUGUGUUGGUUGAAACAAAAAUCUCAUGUUUAAUAUUUACACUUAAUUUGUUUUAGUUUAAAGAUUCUCCUCUACUGUGAAAUUGUAUUGCCUAUUAGUUGGAUUAAAAUGCAUUGGGUGAUAAAGUUGUUUUUUUGUGUA